GUUGAAAUACUCCACAUUGUGCAAUAUGCGUCCGUAACUAACGAUGUGCAGCAACGAACUCGGAGAUGAGUAGACAUGUAACUCUACCGAUCAUUGACGAGAAACAGAUCAGCUGUACGAUUACUAUGGUGCUGAGACCAGCGAGAGCUCAGAGAAAGUCGAUCAGAAAUUUCCAAGGAUUUUCUGCAUCAAUGCGGCGACGUAAAUCACGGUCGACUGGGGAUCUUCUCCUUGGCUCCGUCCCUAGGCGCUGGCGCCUUCCGUAGGGUACUAAAAGAUUUGCUUCGGCAGGAGUCACGUUCCUCGCCUUCCCUCUCAUCCCCUCCAUCGCUUCGAACGACAUUUGUCAGUAUUGUCGGCAGUUGGAAACACUUCCUGACUUCCAAGAUGCUGGUCUCCUUGCGGGCGAUCGCCGUGGGAGUCAUCGUUGUGCUGCGAUCUGCCAGCACGGCGAUUGCAUCACCUGCUCGCAAUGACAAUAUUGCAUAUUCUGCCAUUGUCGUUUUCGGAGACUCUUUCAGUGACGACGGGAACGGCGCUUGGGUGGUGUCGAACCAUACAUGGCCGGCGAAUCCAAACUACUUCGGUGGUCGCUUCUCUAACGGUCCGGUAUGGAUUGAGUACGUAGCUAGUAACUUGUCGGUGCCACUCCUCGACUUCGCGACUGGCGGAGCCACCACGUCAAACGCCCUCGUCCAGGGGUAUACUGGGCCCCAUUCAGUCAUCCCCGUCCGCUCCAUCGACGAGCAGGUCGUCAAAUUCCUCCAGGAAGGCGCCCCCUCCAACGUCUCUCUCGAGGCUCCGCUCUUCGUCCUCAUGGGCGGCGCGAACGACCCUCUCUUCAACUUGAGCAUUACUGCGAGCCAGUCGUUCCACGCGCUCAUCUCAAGCACGGCGCAGCUUGCGUCUAGGUACCCUUCUGCCCACUUCCUCUUCCUCAACUAUCCAGACCUGGCACGCAUCCCCAUGGACUUCUAUGUCGACGAGAAUACGAAGCAGGCGCUCCAUAAGUACAGCACCGAACUCGACGCUCUGUACAGAGAAUCGAUCCCCAAGAAUUUGGAGAGUGUCAGAUACGUCGACGUGCUGCCGCUAUUCGCCGAAUGGGACUACUAUGGCGCGCCAGAGAAGUUCGGAUUCACGCCCCUCGGGACGUAUGGAAGCUGCUUGACCGGCGUGUAUAGUGAGACGCCUGGUAUCACGCUGUGCGAGGAUGCGGACGAGGUGGUAUUUUGGGACGAAUAUCACCCGACUACGCACGCCCAUUCGUGGAUCGCGAAGUUGGUAUUGGCCGAACUGGAUCAUUGAAGGAGUAUCAUAUCACUGGCGUUACGCUGCAUGCUAGGAAAGCGGAAUAGGGUCUAUCUGUCUGGCUGCCUAUUGCUGUCGCGUAAACCGUUCGGGCAUUUGCUCCGAUCCACCUGUGGGCACCACAAGGGCACCCAACCUGUAGCGAUCCAGAGACUAUUUUCUGAUAUAGAAGGAUACCGCUCGCAAACCCUCUAACAUAUGCUCAUGACCGAUGUAAUGCCACAAUGAUACCACAAGAAAUAUACGAUACGUACACGUGUCCAUCAUUU